AUGCCCGAUGUACAGUUCUGCAGGCGACUACCAAAGGUCGAGCUUCACGCUCAUCUAACCGGCUCUAUCACUCGACCAAUCUUGCAGCAGAUAUGGGAGCAGAGAGUAGCGGAGUCGCCAGACUUUGCCAGCGUGGUCGCAGAACCUCGGCUCGCGCUUGCAGAUGCGAAGACGGGUCAGAGCAUAGGAUCCUUCUUUGCUCAUUUCAACCUGUAUAUAUAUCAUCUGGUCUCGACCAUCCCAUCGCUGCAAUUCGCAACGCGUGCUGUCCUGGAGCAGUUCCAAACCGAUGGCGUGGCCUACCUUGAGCUCCGGACGACGCCGCGUGCAAUGGGAUCCAACACGUCAGAGGACUAUGUCCGAUCAAUAUUGUCCGUUAUCAAGGAUUGGAACACUACACAGGCUAUGACCACUCGACUCAUUCUCUCGAUCGAUCAAGCCAAGCAUGAUGCGGAAAAGGCUAUGAGUAUCGUUGAGAUGGCCCUUGGCUUGCGGGCGGACGGCGAGCCAGUCGUUGGAGUGGAUCUAUGCGGAGACCCGCACAAGCCAGUCGACCGCAGUAUCUUCAGAAACGCUUUCAACAAGGCCGCAGCGCAUGACCUAGGCAUCACUGUGCACUUUGCAGAGGUCCCUGAGAGCUCAACACGAGAGAUACUGGAAGAGCAGUUGAGUUGGCGUCCACAGCGGCUCGGACACGUCAUACAUGUCCCGGAGGCCCUCCGACGAGACAUACAGCGGCAUGGCAUCGGUGUUGAACUAUGCCUGACUUGCAACGUGGUCGCCGGCAUGUUGCCUAGUGACGGAAGCUUCUCCGAUCACCACUUCCGGCAAUGGUGGGGCGGUUCAAGUCCAGUCAGUCUUGGAACGGAUGACGUGGGAGUGUUCGGUAGCCUUCACAGCGAGGAGCAUCUACUCGCUUCGCAGUACUUUCAACUGGAUCGGAAGGACCUGAUCGAACUCUCCCGACAAGCGAUCAGGAUGGCUUUCUGUGAACCAGAGAUCAAGGCAUCUAUCGAGGAGAAGCUGCAAAGUUUUGCAAUCAUCAAUUAG